UUUCAAGAAUCAGCCUACAUAUAUAUGCAAUGAGAGUACUAUAAACUUGGGAGUUUUGCCAAUUUUGAUUUCAGCAGAGGGGCUAUAUCAAGAUAAUGAUAAUGCUGAUUAAUAGGUCUGCAAUGUUCAUCCAGCGCUGUUUAUCUCUCAAGAAGCCCAGUUAUGGCUACAGGAGGCUGAUCUCUCUCUCCGCCAAUCCGCUUGUUGAUGAUUCCGACAACAUAGUUGAUGUUGAAGGGACUGGGAGUUCAAGAACAGCAAUUCUGAGCAGACCCUCUUCGCUGAAUGCUAUUAAUAUACCAAUGGUGUCCCAGCUUCAAAUGUUGUACAAAAAUUGGGAGGAUGACCCUGAUAUUGGCUUUGUAAUCUUGAAGGGCAGAGGCAGAGCAUUUUGUGCUGGUGGAGAUAUUGUUUCUCUCUAUAAUUUGAUGAAAGAAGGAAAUCUAGAAGAGUGUAAACAGCUUUUCCGGAAGGCCUACAGUUUGAUGUACUUUAUUGGCACUUAUUUGAAACCACACGUGGCUAUCUUAAAUGGGAUUACUAUGGGUGGUGGCGCUGGAAUUUCAAUCCCUGGCACGUUUCGCGUUGCUACUGAUAAAACUAUUUUUGCUACUCCUGAGACAUUAAUUGGCUUGCAUCCAGAUGCUGGGGCAUCCUUUUACCUCUCCCAUUUGCCUGGAUAUUUGGGAGAAUACCUGGGUCUGACAGGCGAGAAACUUAACGGGGCAGAAAUGAUAUCAUGUGGACUUGCUACCAACUACUCACUUUUCACGAAACUUCCAUUGGUCGAAAGACAACUACGAAACUUGGUGACUGGCGAUCCCUCUGUUAUCGAGACUUGUUUAGGAAGUCUUGGAGAUCCUGUUCAGCUGGAUCCAACUAGUGUAGUUCACAGGAUUCAGACACUCAACAAAUGUUUCAGCCGUGACACAGUCGAGGAAAUUAUUGAAUCUUUGGAAAACGAGGCUGCAAGAACAAACGACGCUUGGUGUGUAUCAACCGUCAAGAAACUUAAAGAAGCUGCACCGUUGAGCUUAAAGGUUUCCUUACGAUCUAUACGAGAAGGAAGGUCUCAAACUCUCGAGCAGUGCCUUACUCGUGAGUACAGAAUGUCUGUACAAGCAAUCUCCGGGCAGAUAACCGGUGACUUCUGUGAGGGCGUUCGAGCAAAACCAGUAGACAAAGAUUUUGCACCUAAGUGGGAUCCUCCAAGCUUGGAGCAUGUAUCUCAAGACAUGGUUGAUCAAUACUUUUCACCUCUGCCGGCAUCUGAGCCGGAACUAGAGCUACCUACGAGGCAACGGGCAGCAUUCUGACGUGGAAAUAAGUCGGGAAAAAAGUUGUAAUUUAAGCGGUAGUAAAAAAGUUGGAGUGCUUGAAAACGAAAACUACGGAAGCGAAGUCAAGUUGAUUGAGAAUAGUUACAAUUGUACCAAUAAGCUGUAGAAGUUGGUAGAAAAUUGCUUAUAAUUUUUAGUUUAAGUCAACUUAAUUUAAGCAGUUUAA